GCCUCCUGGCUUUAUUAUCUAUAUAUACACAGGUAUAUGUGUAGAUGUUCUAUAAUUGUUCUCCACUGGUUGAUUGUCAAAGAGAGUUGAAGGAAAUGAAUUGUGAAACUUCACGGUGUGCCACCCUACAGUACUGUCCCGACCCCUACAUCCAGCGGUUCGUAGAAACCCCAGCUCAUUUCUCUUGGAAAGAAAGUUAUUACCGAUCCACUAUGUCCCAGAGCACACAGACAAGUGAAUUCCUCAGUCCAGAGGUCUUCCAGCAUAUCUGGGAUUUUCUGGAACAGCCCAUAUGUUCAGUUCAGCCCAUUGACUUGAACUUUGUGGAUGAGCCAUCAGAAAAUGGUGCAAGAAACAAGAUUGAGAUUAGCAUGGACUGUAUCCGCAUGCAGGACUCGGACCUCAGUGACCCCAUGUGGCCACAGUACACGAACCUGGGGCUCCUGAACAGCAUGGACCAGCAGAUUCAGAACGGCUCCUCGUCCACCAGCCCCUACAACACAGACCACGCACAGAACAGCGUCACGGCCCCGUCGCCCUACGCGCAGCCCAGCUCCACCUUCGACGCCCUCUCUCCGUCCCCCGCCAUCCCCUCCAACACCGACUACCCGGGCCCGCACAGCUUCGACGUGUCCUUCCAGCAGUCCAGCACCGCCAAGUCGGCCACCUGGACGUAUUCCACUGAACUGAAGAAACUAUACUGCCAAAUUGCAAAGACAUGUCCCAUCCAGAUCAAGGUGAUGACCCCACCUCCGCAGGGCGCUGUCAUCCGUGCCAUGCCUGUCUACAAGAAAGCCGAGCAUGUCACCGAGGUGGUAAAACGGUGCCCCAACCAUGAGCUGAGCCGUGAAUUCAAUGAGGGACAGAUUGCCCCUCCUAGUCAUUUGAUUCGAGUAGAAGGGAACAGCCACGCCCAGUAUGUAGAAGACCCCAUCACAGGAAGACAGAGCGUGUUGGUACCUUACGAGCCACCCCAGGUUGGCACUGAAUUCACGACAGUCCUGUACAAUUUCAUGUGUAACAGCAGUUGUGUUGGAGGGAUGAACCGCCGUCCAAUUUUAAUCAUUGUUACUCUGGAAACCAGAGACGGGCAGGUCCUGGGCCGACGCUGCUUUGAGGCCCGGAUCUGUGCUUGCCCAGGGAGGGACCGGAAGGCGGAUGAAGACAGCAUCAGGAAGCAGCAGGUGUCGGACAGCGCAAAGAACGGUGACGGUACGAAGCGCCCUUUUCGUCAGAACACACAUGGCAUCCAGAUGACAUCCAUUAAGAAACGGAGGUCCCCAGACGAUGAGCUGUUAUACUUACCAGUGAGGGGCCGCGAGACCUAUGAGAUGCUGCUGAAGAUCAAGGAGUCCCUGGAACUCAUGCAGUACCUGCCUCAGCACACGAUCGAGACGUACAGGCAGCAGCAGCAACAGCAGCACCAGCACCUGCUUCAGAAACAGACCUCGAUGCAGUCUCAGUCUACAUACGGUAACAGCUCCCCGCCUCUGAACAAAAUGAACAGCAUGAACAAGCUGCCUUCCGUGAGCCAGCUUAUCAACCCUCAGCAGCGCAACGCCCUCACCCCCACCACCAUUCCUGACGGCAUGGGAGCCAACAUUCCUAUGAUGGGCACCCACAUGCCAAUGGCUGGAGACAUGAAUGGACUCAGCCCCACCCAGGCCCUCCCUCCCCCACUCUCCAUGCCUUCCACCUCCCACUGCACCCCCCCACCUCCGUACCCCACAGAUUGCAGCCUUGUCAGUUUCUUAGCAAGGUUGGGCUGUUCAUCAUGUCUGGACUAUUUCACGACCCAGGGGCUGACCACCAUCUAUCAGAUUGAGCAUUACUCCAUGGAUGAUUUGGCAAGUCUAAAAAUCCCUGAGCAAUUCCGACAUGCCAUCUGGAAGGGCAUCCUGGACCACCGGCAGCUCCAUGACUUCUCUUCCCCUCCCCACCUCCUGCGGACCCCGAGUGGUGCCUCCACAGUCAGCGUGGGCUCCAGUGAGACCCGGGGCGAGCGCGUUAUUGACGCUGUGCGCUUCACCCUGCGCCAGACCAUCUCCUUCCCACCCCGCGAUGAGUGGAAUGACUUCAACUUUGACAUGGAUGCUCGUCGCAACAAGCAACAGCGCAUCAAAGAAGAGGGGGAGUGAGCACUUCCGUGUGAACUCCUCCCAUCCUCUCCCCUUCUGUCCGCCUCCCUACAAGGCUCUAGUGCUUGACCUUCAAAGUGUCCUCCCUAGCUUCUCUCCUUCUUCUUCUCAGUCUGGCUUCUUAAUGGAAGAAGAGGUAAGAGGCUAUCUUUGAUCUAAUGUCCAACCUGGCAUCUGAUUCCAAUUCUGGCUUUAAGCCUUCAAAUCUGUUGCUUGCAGGACUGAAGUUAUCAUGGCUAGGUGGAAGUGAGCAAAAGAGCAGUGGGUGUCUCCUUAAGCUGCAAAGAUUUCUCAUUGACUUUUAUAAAGCAUUUUCACCCUUAUAGUCUAAGACUAUAUAUAUAAAUAUAUAAAUAUACAGUAUAUAUUUUUGGGUGGGGGGCAUGGAGUAUUGUUUAAAUGUAAUUUAAAGGAAAGGAAAUUGAGUUGCACUUAUCAACUUAUUUUUUUUAAUUUACUUAUUUGGAUGCCUCAUCUAUACCCCUUCUUUCAAGGGGUAUCAUGUAUGGAUAAUAGGUACCUAGAGCUUGAUAGCACAUAUGAGCGACAAAAAUGUCCUUUCAGUUCUUUUGAUGCUAAGCAGUUGCCGCACCAAACCUUUGGAUGGAUCCAGUUGUAUUUACCAUUGCAUACUGUAUGGGUGAGACUGUAUACAUAUGUACAUGGUUCUCUAUGUUGGGGUACUUUAUGUUGCUGAUGUUGCUACUAAUGACGGUGGUUCGUGUCGGGGUUUAUUUAGUCCAAUUACAAGAAAAAGUCCAUGUUCACAGUAUCACACCCUAGAGGAAAGGAAAUACCCUCUCUUGCUUUUAGUUGGGAAUGGGGAACGUGGGUCGUGGCUAAAAUCCUUAAAAGUUCCCUGGCAGCUUGUUCAAAAACAUCGGGUAUCGUGUAUCUGGGUAUAUCAGCAAGCCCCUUACAUUUAAUACCAGAUGCCUUAUCUCUUGGUACGUACUGGGAAAAUAUUUGCAGUGAAGUUUCAAUACAUUGACCAAGUCAAUGACACAUUUGGAAGGAUUAUCCCCUGAUAUUUGGGGACCUCUUUAUGUCUCUAAUAGUCCAGAAGAGAGAUGGACGGGAAAUGGAAUUCUCACAGUUAUUUUCCAUCAAAAUCAGACUCCUGUUGAUCAAGGUGUUGAUCUUUUCAUUUUGAAACAGACGUGUUGCUUAAACCACAUAAACAAAGAUGUCUUCAGCUUUGGGUAAAUGACAAUAUUCCUCUAGAUCUUUCAGAAAGAUUUUUCUUUCCUCAAACUCUAAAACAAAUAUUUUGUACAUAUGCUAAUGAGCUCUUAAGUCCUUCUGUGCUUUCUGAUAAAGGGCUAUGAUUGCACAUAAGCUUCCACUUAGGUUUUAAAGUGCAAAAGGGUUAACGUGACUCAAAAAGGUAAUGUGUGAGUUUCUUCUGAAAAGUGUAUAUAUGUUUUUUGUGUGAAAUUGCAGACUUUGUGUUUCAGUUUUUAUUUUCUUCUUGGGAUAGUGGGUUUUCCAGAACCACAGUUGAAACUUUUUUUUAUUAUUAUUAUUGUUUUUAUAUUUUCAUGGAAACACCAUUUAGUAAGACCGCAAUGCCAAACAAGAAAAAAAAAAUGCCGUAACUGUAAGAUAGGGGGAAGGGAAUGUUGUUUUUUAUUAUUAUUUUUAUUUUGUAUGCUCAAGAGAGUGAGUCCUUGAUUUCAAAGUUUUAUUGCGCUUCAAUGGUAAUGGGCACUGUUAAUUUGUGGAGUAAGUAUGUGGCUUGGCUUUGAAAACCUACUGAGGGGAAGAAUGCAAGUUGUGCAUUGGCAAUGCUCGGAGGGCAGAGGGCUUCCCCGACUGUCCUGAGUGUCUGAACAAACCUAGGACCUCUUCUGAGCUAUUUCAGCACUGUUCAGUUAGCACUAGGGACUCAGAAAUUUCUGUAUCGUAUUUUAUGUGUUUGGCACCAGCCAAGGCUAAGCACAUGACUAGCCUCAUGCCCUGGUGGCCACUUCUGUUCUUUGAGUGCAUGAGUAGCUAGGAUAAGGGGUGCAUGCGUAUUCAGCACCGACGAGUCGGAGUGGACUUUGUGGAGUUCUGUGGGGGCCUCAGCUCAACGCAGUCUGCUGACAAGUGCCUGGGUUUUUGUUUGGAGGUGAUGAGAAACAGAAAGGGAGAAUAGAACCUUCUUCAUUAAAUCCAUUUGCCUUUUGUUUUCUUGAUAAUCACCUAAAGUACAUUAUGUGGGAUGUUGAAUGUUAAAGGUUGUGUUUUUUUUUUAUUAUUUUUAUAAUUGUACAAAAGUUAAAUGUCAAAUGUUUUAUAUGCUUUAUUAAUGUUUUGAAAGUUUCUUUCUUAUAGAUGUGAUACAUUUUUUUUUUUUUUAAGCUUCUGUUGCUUGUCUUUUUGUAUUUUGUGUAAUGGGCUUUUGGUGAGCCAGAGGAAAAUCUCCAAGACACUUAUGUUUGCCAGGACAUGCAAUAAAAUUAAAAAAUAAAUAAAAAAUGCAUUG